ACUGUGAAUUUAUCCUUUCAAAUCGUUAGUGUAAGAGAAAAAGGCACGGUUGGUGCCGUAAACCAUGUCCAUGAGAAGCAACAGCAGCAGUUAUAGUAGAGAAGACGAUCGCAACAAAGAUACUUCUUCACCUUCUACUCUGGAUUCAAGAUUCAAUCAAACCCUUAGAAAUGUUCAAGGGAUGCUCAAAGGGCGAAGUUUUCCUGGUAAGGUAUUGAUAACUCAGAGGUCGGAUCCUCUGGAUCAAUCAGCUCUGCAAUCUCCAAGUAACAACAUAAGGUUCUCAAACAAUGAUAUUGAACAUGGGGAACAGCUUGAUAGAUCUGCUGAGGACGUAAUCCAAACCAGAAGCAACGCAAAUGCCAGUUCAUCUGCUAACAAGACAAAAGCAUCGACAGCAAGUACUGAAAAUACGUCCAAUGAGGUUCAGAAAACAGUAAUGGGAGCUAGAUCUACAGAUUCUGCAAGGCUAACGAAAUUCCAAAAAGAAUUAUCUGGAACUACCGUCGUCUUAGAAAAGCUGCGUGAAUUAGCUUGGAGUGGUGUCCCACCUUACUUGCGUCCUACUGUAUGGAGGCUUCUGUUGGGAUAUGCACCCUCUAAUUCAGAUAGAAGGGAGGGAGUUCUGAAAAGAAAGCGCCUGGAGUAUCUCGAUUGUGUUGCACAGUAUUAUGAUAUUCCUGACAUAGAGCGGACAGAUGAAGAGAUCAGCAUGCUCCGUCAGAUUGCUGUUGAUUGUCCCAGAACUGUUCCCGAUGUCUCUUUCUUUCAACAAGCAGAAGUUCUAAAGUCGUUGGAGCGAAUACUUUACACGUGGGCAAUUCGGCAUCCUGCUAGUGGUUAUGUCCAAGGAAUAAAUGAUCUUGCUACACCCUUCUUAGUUGUUUUCUUAUCAGAAUACUUAAGUGGUAGUGUUGAUACUUGGUCUAUGGCUGACCUUUCUCCUGAGAAAAUAUCUAACGUAGAAGCUGACUGCUAUUGGUGUCUAUCUAAGCUGCUUGAUGGUAUGCAAGACCACUACACAUUUGCUCAGCCAGGAAUUCAGAGGCUUGUGUUUAAGCUAAAGGAGUUGGUUAGAAGGAUUGAUGAACCUGUUUCAACCCGCAUGGAGGAACAGGGGCUUGAAUUUCUUCAAUUUGCUUUCCGCUGGUUCAAUUGCCUUCUUAUACGUGAGAUUCCUUUUCAUCUUGUAGCCCGCUUGUGGGACACAUAUCUUGCAGAAGGAGAUGCAUUGCGAGAUUUCCUCGUGUACGUAUUUGCCAGCUUUCUUUUAACGUGGUCAGAUAAGCUCCAGAAGCUUGAAUUCCAGGAUAUGGUCAUGUUUCUUCAGCACCUUCCAACUCGGAACUGGAAUGAAAUGGAUCUUGAAAUGGUGCUGUCCAGGGCAUACAUGUGGUACACGAUGUUCAAUAAGUCUCCAAGUCACUUAGCUGGCUGAAGAGCAAGUAACAAUACUCUGUAACAUGGGUCUUUUUUGUGCUACCUCUCUUUGAAGUUCUCACAGAAAAUUGUUUUCUUGCUUAGUUUCUGUGAAGAAAUUUUCUGUAUUAUGAUUUGCAAUGUCUGUGUUCUUGGUUAUUACCUUACACCUUACAAAAGUUCCAUUUUUUGGUGAAAUUAGCAUGCCAUUUAUUGCAAUAA